AUGCCCGUCCGGCGCGGGCACGUGGCCCCCCAGAACACCUUCCUGGACACCAUCAUCCGCAAGUUCGAGGGCCAGAGCCGCAAGUUCAUCAUCGCCAACGCCCGGGUGCAGCACUGCGCCAUCAUCUACUGCAAUGACGGCUUCUGUGGGCUCUGCGGCUACACCCGCGCCGAGGUCAUGCAGAAGCCCUGCACCUGCGACUUCCUGUACGGGCCGCGCACCCAGAAGGCCGCCGUGGCCCAGAUCGCCCAAGCCCUGCUGGGCUCCGAGGAGCGCAAGGUGGAGAUCUGCUUCUACCGGAAGGACGGCAGCUGCUUCCUUUGCCUCGUGGACGUUGUGCCGGUGAAGAAUGAGGAUGGGGCCGUCAUCAUGUUCAUCCUCAACUUCGACGUGGUGAUGGAUCGGGGCCUGCUGAGCAGCCCCGCCAGGAGCACCAACCACUGGGUCUCGCCGGCUGCCUGGCUCCCCACGGGCCGCGGACGGUCCUUCCGGCUGAAGCUGCCGGCCCUGCUGGCCCUGGCGGGGAGCAAGCAGUCGCUCCCGCAGGAUGACCCCGAUGAGGCUGUGGUGGUGGACUUCUCCAAGCCGAGCAGCGAGUCGGUGGCACUGGACGAGGUCCCCUCCUCGCUGGACAACGACUGCCUGGGCUGCGGCGAGGCCGAGGACCGGCAGGCCCUGAUGGACCGCCGGGGGGAGUGCGGCCCGGAGGCCCCCGUCACGCACUCCUCGCCCCGGGCCGACAGGGCCCGCCUCAACCUGGACGCCUCCUUCUCCAACUGCAGCCUGACCCGCAGCCGCUCCCGGGAGAGCUUCCACAGCGUGCGCCGGGCCUCCUCCGUGGACGACAUCGAGGCCAUGAAGGGCGAGGGCGAGCGAGGCCGCGGCCACGGCCGCCAUGCCAGCACAGGUGCCAUGAACAACCUCCGGAGCCACCUGCUGAACUCCACCUCCGACUCGGACCUCAUGCGCUACCGGGCCAUCAGCAAGAUCCCGCAGAUCACGCUGAACUUCGUGGACUUCAAGGCAGAGGCCUUCCUCACGUCGCCCUCCAGCGAGAAAGAGAUCAUCGCGCCCAGCAAGCUCAAGGACCGCACCCACAACGUCACCGAGAAGGUCACGCAGGUGCUGUCCCUGGGCGCCGACGUGCUGCCGGAGUACAAGCUGCAGGCCCCGCGCAUCCACAAGUGGACCAUCCUGCACUACAGCCCUUUCAAGGCGGUGUGGGACUGGCUGAUCCUGCUGCUGGUCAUCUACACGGCCAUCUUCACGCCCUACUCGGCCGCCUUCCUGCUCAACGACCGCGAGGAGCAGGCCCACCGCUCCUGCGGCUACUGCAGCCCGCUCAGCGUGGUGGACCUGAUCGUGGACAUCAUGUUCAUCAUCGACAUCCUGAUCAACUUCCGCACCACCUACGUCAACUCCAACGAGGAGGUGGUCAGCCACCCGGCCAAGAUCGCCAUCCACUACUUCAAGGGCUGGUUCCUGAUUGACAUGGUGGCCGCCAUCCCCUUCGACCUGCUCAUCUUCGGCUCCGGCUCGGAGGAGACCACCACCCUGAUCGGGCUGCUGAAGACGGCGCGGCUGCUGCGGCUGGUGCGCGUGGCCCGCAAGCUGGACCGCUACUCGGAGUACGGGGCGGCCGUGCUCUUCCUGCUGAUGUGCACCUUCGCCCUCAUCGCCCACUGGCUGGCCUGCAUCUGGUACGCCAUCGGCAACAUGGAAGGCAAGGACAUCGGCUGGCUGCACUCGCUGGGCGGCCAGAUCGGCAAGCCCUUCAACGAGAGCACCUCGCACCUGGGCCCCUCCAUCAAGGACAAGUACAUCACCGCCCUCUACUUCACCUUCAGCAGCCUCACCAGCGUCGGCUUCGGCAACGUCUCGCCCAACACCAACCCGGAGAAGAUCUUCUCCAUCUGCGUCAUGCUCAUCGGCUCGCUGAUGUACGCCAGCAUCUUCGGGAACGUCUCGGCCAUCAUCCAGCGGCUCUACUCCGGGACCGCCCGCUACCACACGCAGAUGCUGCGGGUGCGCGAGUUCAUCCGCUUCCACCAGAUCCCCAACCCGCUGCGGCAGCGGCUCGAGGAGUAUUUCCAGCACGCCUGGUCCUACACCAACGGCAUCGACAUGAAUGCGGUGCUGAAGGGCUUCCCCGAGUGCCUGCAAGCCGAUAUCUGCCUGCACCUGAACCGCACCUUGCUGCAGAACUGCCGCCCCUUCAAGGGGGCCACCAAGGGCUGCCUGCGCGCCCUGGCCAUGAAGUUCAAGACCACCCAUGCGCCCCCCGGGGACACGCUGGUCCACGCCGGGGACGUCCUCACGGCCCUCUACUUCAUCUCCCGCGGCUCCAUCGAGAUUCUGCGCGGCGACAUGGUGGUGGCCAUCCUGGGGAAGAACGACAUCUUCGGCGAGCCGCUCAACCUGUACGCGCGGCCGGGCAAGUCCAACGCCGACGUGCGGGCCCUGACCUACUGCGACCUGCACAAGAUCCACCGGGAGGACCUGCUGGAGGUGCUGGACAUGUACCCCGAGUUCUCGGACCACUUCUGGUCCAACCUGGAGAUCACCUUCAACCUGCGAGAUACGAACAUGAUCCCCGGCUCGCCCAGCAGCGAUGAGAUGAAUGGCGGCUUCAGCCGGUUGCGCCGCCGGAAGCUCUCUUUCCGCCGGCGCACCGAGAAAGACGAGGAGAAUCCGGGCGAGCCGAAGACCCCGCAGAAGGCGCUGCACUCGGCCCAGGGCUGCCCGGCGCCGGGGCCCCCGCGAGGCCCACCCCGGUGGGAGCCGUGCCUGAGCAGCUCCGUGGCAUCCAGCCCGCCGUCCAGCGACGAGGACGAGGCCCCCCUCCCGGCCCCCCGGGCCACCGAGCUGCUGCCUUUCCGCCCCGCAGAGCCCCCCGGGGGGCCGCCCUCCCCCGCGCCCCCGGAGCACAAGGGCCGCGACACCCGUGGUCCGCUCGCAGGGGCCUUCUCGGGCAUGUCCAACAUCUUCAGCUUCUGGGGCGAGAGCCGAGAGCGGCACCACCAGGAGCUGCCCCGCUGCACGGGCCCGACCCACGGCGCCCUCAGCACCCCCCUGGGCAGCCCCACGCCCGCGAGCCGGCAGCAUCGCGCGGAGCUGGACGGGCGCCUGGACCGGCUCCAGAAGCAGCUGAACAGGCUGGAGAGCCGCCUGACCGCCGACGUGGCCGCCAUCUUGCAGCUGCUGCAGAGGCAGGUGGUGCUGGUGCCGCCAGCCUACAGCGCCGUCUCGUCCCCACAGCCUCCGGGCCCUGAGCCAGCCCCCGGGGAGCGCCCCCUGCCUGCCCCUCCCCUCCAAGCCCAGGCACAGGUGCCCGGCUUCCCGCUGCCGUGCCUGGACUCCGCGUGCCCGCCCAGCGGCGAAGUGGUCCUGCUGGUGGAGCCACCCCCGCCGGCCCCUCGGCGCCUCUCGUUGCCCGGGCAGCUGGCCCCGGCCUCCCAGGACUUGUCCACAGACUUGCACAGACACUGCUCGGACCCUGGCAGCGCAGGAGGGGCCACGUCGGCCUCCCGCUUCGCCCGAGCGCGGGUCCACGGGCCACGUGCGCCCGGCUGGCUGGCCGGCGGCCGCACCGGCACCUGCUCGCCGCACGCCUCGCCCGGAGGAAGGACCGCGCGCAGCGAGGCCUUGGGUGGCCCGGAGAGCUGCGAGCGCCACGCAGGAGAGCGGGCGGCUGGCGCCUCGGCCGCCCUCACUCGCGCGUUCCUCGGCUUGCUGCCGGCGCCUCUCAGCAGCAGCGCCUGCGGGAAGCAGGCGACCGCCCAGAGUCCCCCGCCCCCCGCCGCGGCCGGGUCUUCCUAG